CCGUAUGUAUGAGUCUCUCACUCAGGCGGAGUGAUCAGCCACGCAGCCUGAGAAAGCGCACACAUUCCCGUGAUCAUGCCUACCAAGACAUGAGUGUGUUUGAACAUUUCAGUAAGCAUUAAUAUUGGCUAGAAUGUCCAUAAAAACAAUGCCAGUCCCUCAGACCCUGAUGGUAACCCGAAACAAACCAGAUGAGGACAGUGGUGUUUCAGUGACUCAGGAUGACCAUCUUUCCAGUCUGAAGGCUUUGGCUGAGAAGCUACACCUUGAGACAAAGAGGCCUUCACAUAUGGAGUGGAGGUUUCAGCUAGAGAGUCUGAGAACCAAAGCUCUGGAGACAUCAGUUUCUGUUAAAGAAGGACACAUACGAUCCUGGAGUUCUCUGAAGUGGACAAAAUCAUCAUUGGACUUUCCUGUAAACAAGCCCCAAAGGCAUCCACCUGAGAGACUGAAAGGGUUUGGAAGUGUUACUGAGGCACUGGAAUGGCUUAGAAAAGAGUUGAGGGAGAUGCGUGUACAGGACCAGCAGCUAGCUCUCCAGCUUAUGCGUUUACACGGUGAUCUUAACAAGCUCAAAAUUGAGCAGGCAUGUAAACAGCAUCGCAAGAUGCUAAAUGAUGCUACGUUUGAGCUGGAGGAGCGCUAUGAGAUGUUGGACCUGCUUUGUGAUGUCCCUGUCACCUCUGGAUUUGGCCUCUCCGCACCACUGAAGCUCAUUGGCAUCACAAAGAUGAACAUCAGCUCCCGUCGCUUCUCCCUAUGCUAAUUAUUCUGUAUAGACUGAGUAUAGAGGUAUACCAGAUUUAAUUACAAGCUAAAAAUAUUUGCUUAAAAUGAAUUUAACAUGGUUCAUCUUAAGUGAUUCUGUUUGUGGUUGCAUUGCUGGCUCACAGCUCCAUGAACCUGGGCUCGAUCCUGAGCUCCUUUACUGUCUGUGUGGAGUUUUGCAUAUUCAUGCCAUAUUCACAUAGGUUUCCCGCAGGUUCUCUGGUUUCCUCCCACUAUCCAACAAAAAAAUGCAGGUAUGCAGAUUGCUUACACAAAAUUGCCUCCAGGGGGUGUAUACGUGUGUGAACAUGUGUGUGCAUGGUUCCCUGCGGUGGACUGGCAUCCUAACUGGGGUAAAUUUUCUCACUUUGCGCCCAGUGUUACCCUGAUAGGAUCUCACACUGAUAAGGAUAAAAUGGCUACUGAAAACGAGUGAGUGAUUGAGUGUGGCAGAUCCAAAGCAUAUUUUUGUAAGUGUUUGCAUAAAUUGGCCACCAAAUAAACACAACACCUGAAUAGAUUGCAGAUAAAAACAUGUUAAGCAAGAACACUUUGAAAAUCCUUCCCACCUAAAAAAAUUUAAAUCCCUGGUUCACACAUCUAACCAGUGGAAAAUCAACCCAUUCCCCUCUGUAACAUGUUUGUUUGUCUUCCUUUUAUCGUGCAAGUGUACUUUGGACAGCUGGGCCCUCCGUGAGUCUUAAAGUUGACUAAAUUGCAACCCCGAUGACAGAUAACACAAACACUUCUAAAGGCACUUUAAUAUGCAAACUGCACACAUGUGGACAGCUUUUCUAAACAUGCUACAUCACCUUUCAUUCAGAGUGCACAAAGGACUAGGAUCAGAAGGAACUGCUGCAUUCCUCUUUCUCUGCCACAAACUGAAGGCUUGUACAAUCUCAAGACUGUACAUCUGGGCAGGAAAAGACAGUGUUGUUUACCAUUGUUGUGCAUAAUUUGAACCUUUUAAGGCCAUUUAAAUCAGUAUUCCCAUGAAUAUCCUCUGUCUCUCCUGAUGGCAGGCUAGCGCCUUGCAUGGUAGCUCUGCUGCCAUUGGUGUGUGUGUGUGUAAAUAACUGCUAAGGUUAAAAAGUGCUAUAUAAGUGCAGACCACUUACAUAUGACUUGACAUAUUUCUUGUACAACAGUAAAUGGUGCAUGUUAUGUCAAUUGAGACUAUUGCUCCAGCUCUUCCCUAUACACACUGUUUUCACCAUCAGUCUUGAAUGAGCCAACUGUAUUCGUCUACAUGGGAGAGUCUUUCAUGCUUUAUUUAAACUCCAUAGGCAAUAGCAUAAUACAAUAGUUUUCCAUGAUGCCCACUGUAAGAUUCAUUAAUUGUUUAAUAUUUCAUGUACAUUAAAUGCAGACACUAAUAUCUAAUAUUUUGUCCUUUAGAGAUUUAUGGAAGUGAACGACUUAGAAAAGGCAUAUUCAUGAAAAUCACAUUCAAUUAUUCAAGCAUAACUUAGCUACUGAACUACAACCUUUGUAGGAUCUAGGAGAUAAACAUGGGUCAAGGUAAGUUUUUCUAAUCAGAGGUUUGAGAAUUGCUAGUUUAAAAGGUUUAGGUGCACAGUUAAGGAAAGGGCGAAUUUGACUAUUUUAACAGAUGCUGGAUUGCUUCUAGUAGUAUAAUCAAUUCUAGUAGUUGUUCAGGAAAAUGUGUACGUAUCACUAGAUUCACAGCCAGCUGCAAGCUUUCACUUCACAGCCAGACAUGAUGACAGACGCUCAGAUGAGUAUUAAGUUCCUCACUUGGGUUAAGUUGCAUUAAAAACAUUUUAAACAAAAAUUGUGUUGUUUUAUGAAUACCUCUUAUUUGGUUCAUUGAACUAAUACCUCAGUUUCUUUUUUCAAUAGAAAUCAAUGGUAGUA